AGAAGGAAACACCACCGAACCUCCUCUCCUAUAAAAACCUCCAACCACCAAUUUUGAAACCCCCAGCCCCAGUGAAACCCCAACGAAAUUCAAUAUCUAAAACAGAUCGAUCAUCAUGAGUUAUUACAAUCAAGGCCAGCCUCCCGUUGGUGUUCCUCCUCCUCAAGGUUAUCCACAAGAAGGGUAUGGGAAAGACGGCUACCCUCCACAAGGAUACCCGCCACCAGCGUACCCACAACAGGGCUAUCCUUCUCAAGGCUAUCCACAACAACAGUAUCCUCCUCAGUACGCCCCACAGUACGCAGCUCCUCCUCCUCAGCAGCAAAAACAAAGCAGUGGUUGCCUAGAAGGCUGUCUGGCUGCCCUGUGUUGCUGCUUUCUCUUGGAUGCAUGCUUUUAGAAGAAGGCUUGAAUUGGUACAUUGGAGUUUCGAGCUACCGAAAACUUGAUUCUCGUACAUGGACAUUUGUUUUACUUCUCGUAAUAACUUGCGACUUGAAAAGAGAUUCGAGAAUGUAUCUUUCUCAUCGAUCGUUUGUGCUUCUUUUUGUGAUUUGGUGAAAUUCUGGUUUUAGGUUUGUAAAUUGUGAGGGGUUCAUUAAGAUUAUAUGAAAACUACAUUGGCAAAACCUUGUUAUAUGUUGUAUAAUGGUUGUGUGUCUUUUUUA